AUGCUCUUCACCUUGUCGUCUUUCUCCUCCGUCGGAGUCGUUGUUCUACUCCUCGUUACCAGCCUGGUCGUCGAGUAUCUCCGCAACCCAUUGCGCAAGGUACCUGCUGCACAUCCGCUUGCGCAUUUCACGUCGCUCUGGAUACACGCUGUGCGAUGGCGGGGCGUUGAGAAUACGACGCUCAAGGCAGCACACGACCGUCUAGGUCCGAUCGUGUGCCUGGGACCACGCGAGAUCAGUGUCAACGGCGUCAAAGGAGGAAUUCGAGACGUUUACGCAGGAGGGUUUGAGAAAGUCAAGUCACACGUCACGGCAAGCGAUGCAUUGCUGGCCCAGGCGUCGAACAUAGUCUACAGACGCUUCCUGCCGUUCUUAGAGCGAACCUUUUCCGAACCAGACAAAGGCAUACUGAACAUGUACUCCCUGCUUAGCGCAACGACCAUGGAUAUUGUGACGUGUUACAUCUUCGGCCUCAAGGCAGGUUCAAACCUUAUUGACGACGGCCAGCAGUUGGCCUGGUUCCUGGACUUGUACAACUCGCGCCGAUCGUUCAAUUUCUGGCCUCAAGAGUUCCCGAGACUCAGUGCUUUUGUAGAGAAAUGGUUGAACUACCGGUUGACGCCAAAAUGGGUCGAUGUAGCAAACGGUGAGAUCGAGGAGUGGACGGUAAACAUGUGCGAGAGCGCCGGUGCGGUCGUGAUCGCCGGUGCUGCAGAUGUCCAAGACCGGCCCGUGGUGUAUCAGCAGCUGCAACAGAGCAUGGCUAAGCAGUCUGUCAAGGAAGAUGGAUUGGACAAGGCGAUCGCGAGUGAGGUGCUGGAUCACCUAGCAGCUGGCUUCGAUACGUCUGGAAUCACACUGACCUACGUCGUCCAUGAGCUGUCACAACACCCUGAUGUUCAGGCCCGUCUUCAGCACGAGCUCCUCAGUCUGUCCCCGCGCCUUGUACCGUCCUCUGCACCACAGCUGCCGGACCCGAAGACAGUGGACAGCUUGCCCUUCUUGCACGCGGUUAUAUGGGAGACCCUGCGUCUUCACUCUGCCAUCCCAGGCCCACAACCGCGAUUUACUCCCCUUCAGGGCUGCCAUCUAGGGCCCGAGGAAGCAUCAUAUUAUGUUCCCGGGGGAGUGCGGGUAAGCGCAAGCGCAGGCCUGUUGCAUCUAAACGAAGAGGUGUUUGAGCGCGCGAACGAGUGGAGGCCAGAGCGGUGGCUAGACAUGGACAAGCUCGGCGGCGAGAAGCGGAAGGAUAUGGAGAGCCGAUGGUUUUGGGCCUUUGGGAGAUCAGUUGCAUUGCUCAAAGCCAAGAUCUCUCACUUACCAUGCGCAGCGGCGGCCGUAUGUGCGUUGGGAGCCAUCUGGCGGUGUACCAUGAAGUACAUCGUUGCUGCGCUGUAUUCGAGCUACAGCACUUCCAUCGUCGAUGAUGCGGGUAUCGAGCAAAUGGACUCGUAUACUGCGCCGCCAAAGAGUGAAAAGCUCAUCGUAAGGCUCCAGAAGUUGUCUCAGGAAUAA